GCUUCCUUUCCAAGAUGGCGACAGACGGCACGUAGAAUUUAGUUUUGGGGUACAACAUUACGGAUUAUCGUAACAUUUGGACCACAUGCAAGCUAUUUAGUUAUCAGAAACCCGUCACUAUACUGUAAUAACUAUUUUAUUUCGCUCGUCGUUUGGUUUUCACGAGCAAUUGGGCGAUGUAUCGUCGCGGAGCGGCAAAGAAGGACCACAACAACAAACCCGUGAAGAAGGAUGUGAGUGACAGUGAUAAAUACGCCGACCUCUUGGUGUUCGGAUAUGCCUGCAAACUGUUUCCAGACGACGAAAGGGCGCUUUACCAUGAACAUGGAAAACAUCUCAUCCCAUGGAUGGGGGACAAGAGCAUCAUGAUUGAUAGAUACGAUGGGCGUGGUCACUUACAUGACCUCUCAGAGUAUGACAGCGGGUCAUGGAAUACAUCCUACCAGCUGUCGGAGGAGGAGGCCAGGAUUGAGGCGCUGUGCGAUGAGGAGAGGUACCUGGCUCUGCACACCGACCUGCUGGAAGAGGAGGCCAGACAAGAGGAGGAGUACAAACGUCUGAGUGAGGCUCUGGCUGAUGAAGGCACCUACACUGCAGUGGCCUUCAAAUACAGUGCUGACUACUAUGACCCCUCUCAGCCCACCGUGGAGGAGGAUGCUAACAGGGAAUGUGAAGAUGCAGAGCCCGAGGAGAGUGAGGAACCGUUUGUAGCUCCCCCGGGACUCGCGAUCCCUCCUGACGUGGAACUGCCGGCAACAAUCAAGACCAAUAACAUCAUCGAGAGGACAGCCAACUUUGUAUCCCAGCAGGGGGCUCAGUUUGAAAUAGUGCUGAAAGCUAAGCAGUCCGGUAACUCCCAGUUUGACUUCCUUCGUUUUGACCAUUACCUGAACCCUUAUUACAAACACAUCCUGCGGGCCAUGAAGGAAGGGCGAUACAAGUUCGUUACCGCCAAGAAGCAAGAGCAGUCGCAGGAAUCCCACUCUGAUGAUUCUGAUGAGGAUGGGGAUGGCAGUUACCUCCAUCCCAGCCUGUUUGCCCCGAAAAGGUGCUCACGCCUGGAGGAGCUGGUGAAGCCUCUUAAAGUAAUGGACCCAGACCAUCCUCUGGCAGCACUUGUACGAAAAGCCCGACUGGAAAUGAACGGCACAGCAACAGUGGAAACCAAAGCCGAAGAAGUGACAGACCCAGCUGUCUCCAGCAUACCAGCGCAGUACACUGCUGACCCAAAUGCAGCAGCAAUUUACUACGGGUACUACAUGCUUCCUGAUGGAACGUUCUGCUUGGCUCCGCCUCCCCCAGGGAUAGAUGCCAGCUCCUACUAUAACAGUAUGCCUGCAACUGUCAUGGCUCCCCCUACAUCUUCUGAUUCCUUGCCUAAUCUCGGAACUACACCCACCCCAGCUGAAACUAUGGCCACGGCACCGGCAGCGACAUCCCCCGCUCAGGUCGCCAGCUCUGCUGCUCCUGCUGCUCCAGCUGCUCCUGCUGCUCCUGCUGCUCCUGCUGCUCCUGCUGCUGUACCAGAAACCAGCUCGAAACCCGAAGUUCAAGUGUCCACACCGGCAUCAGCAGCCAUCAUCCCCCCACCACCUGACACCCAGCCAGUCAUAGACAAGCUGGCCGAGUACGUCGCUAGGAACGGUUUUAAGUUUGAGGCCAGUGUCCGUGCCAAGAAUGAUCCGCGGUUUGACUUUCUGCAGUCUUGGAAUCAGUACAACACCUAUUAUGAGUUUAAGAAGAAUUACUUCUUGCAGAAGGAAGGAAGAAGCUUUUCAGAGUCCGUAGAUGAUGGUGACGAUGAUGCGCUUCAAUCCGACACGUCGGUCCAGGAUUCCAUGCUGAUAAAAGCCUCUUUUGCCCCCAUCUGUUUUGCCAUCAAAGCGAAGGAAAAUGAUAUGCUGCCAUUGGAGAAGAACAGAUUCCGAUUGGACGACGACUCUGAUGAGGACAAGUUGCUGGAGGAGCAGGGGCUGGAGGCUCUGAUGGGUGGAGCUGAGGUGGUUGAUAAGGAUCCUGCUGCAGUCAAUGCACCAGAAGAGAAGAGACCCUCCCUCAGCUUGGAGGAGUUGGAGGCAAAACAAGCCAAGCAGAAACUGGAGGACCGUCUGGCCGCUGCAGCCAGGGAGAAGCUGGCCCAGGCGUCUAAGGAGUCCAAGGAGAAACAGCUACAGGCGGAGAGGAAGAGGAAGGCAGCGCUCUUCCUACAGACCCUUCGCAGCCCUUUCGCUGGGGAGCCUGAGGCCAAGAGGGCUGGGCUGGACUCGGCUGCACAGCUUGAGAUGCAAGAAGCCCUCUCGGUCCUGUCUGACCCUCCUCAUGUGUCGUCUGCACCACCUGCGCAUCCUCAGGAUCAAAGACCGGCCGUGGAGAACAAAGGAGCCCAUCGGAGCAGGGAGCCUCCGUCCUCCUCAUCCUCCCACACGACCUCCAGAGGAGCAGCGCGAGAUCGAGACCGCGACCGAGACAAAGACAGAGAUCGAGACAGAGACAGAGAUCGAGACAGAGACAGAGAGCGAGAGAGAGAGAGAGACAGAGAGCGAGAGAGAGACAGAGAGCGAGAGAGAGAGAGGGAUAGAGAGAGAGACAGGGAAAGAGAGAGAGACAGGGAAAGAGAGAGAGAGAAAGAAAGAGAAAGAGACAGGGUUAGAGACAGAGACAGGCACAAAGGGAGGGACAAAGACAAAAAGAAGAAAAAACACAAGAGGAGGUCGAGAUCGCGGUCAAAGUCGAAGAGCAAACACGCCCUUCCCAGUGCCUACAGGAGAUCCCGCAGGACUCGAUCCCGCUCGCACUCCCCGGGGAGAAAGGACAGGAGGGGCCCCUCAACCGAGAGGAGACGUGACGAGAGAGAGCGGGAGCGCUAUCAUCCCAGCAGCAGCGCCAGCCUGCCCCGGGGGCAUUCGAGAUCCAGGUCCCCUCCUGAAAAAAGAAGGGGCUUCUUGUCAUCUUCAGGACAGAUGCAAAUUGUGGGUUCCUCUCUCUCCCCAUAUUCUUCACCCGGCAGAGUUUUGUCCCCAUCAGCUAGCCCCGCCUCCAGCCUGACCCACUCCAGGGGUGGUUCUCUGGAGAAAGACAAGACAGUGGCCUCAUCCAUUGUAUCCUCCGUUCAGUCCAAAAUAACUCAGGAUCUGAUGGCCAAAGUGCGAGCCAUGCUUGCCACCUCCAAGACCUUCCAGCCUCCCAAUUCCUAAAGAGAGCCGUGCCGGCUCUUCACUUUGACAACAUCGGCCAAUCAGUGAGCGGCAUUCUCCGAUUGCCUGGAGAUUCGUUUUGGCCUGAAUCCGUUUCACCUCCCUGUCUUCAUCCUCGAUUUAGAAUUUGAUCUUGAUUUGAGCGUUGGCAGAUUCAGUUUGAUUAUUUGAUGUCCUCGUCAGUGUUGUGAGCUGAGACAUCCGGUGUCACACCUGAUCUGAGAAACACAGCUCAUCGCCUCAGAGAUCAUGUCAGCAGCUGGUUAGUUUCAGUGCAAAUGUGGAAAUAAUCCAUUUGUUGUUUUGCAUCCCGUUUUAAAACUCUACUUUUCUGACAGCUAUUCUUGCAGCGUUAUGUAAAGCUGCCGGAGGUCUGUAUUCUCUCCUUCUAUGAAGGGCUGUGUUGUUCCGAUGAGCUCGAUUCUCUCCUCCCUCAUCCACUAUUCUCUGCCGUUGUUUCCCCUUUUAUUUCCGCCCCCAGCUGUCUUGGCUCUCCAGCACCUCACACAUCUGCUUAAGAAGCCCUUUUAAUUUUCUCCCCUGUCCCUCAGCUCCAGUGCGUGGCCUUUUACUUCAGUUCCUGGUUUGUACUGUAAUGGAAUUAAAUGCAGAACAACUUUGUAAUCCAAACUGUUAAUAAACUUUCAAUUAUGAUUUA